GUUACUUAUAAAAAUCUCUUGUGUUUCAUUAGAAACAGCUUUAAGUGUAUUUUUUCUUACAGUCUUAAUUAAAUAAUGAAUUUAUCCCAUGUGUAGAUUUUAGCAAAGGACAUCUUCCAACCAUGACUACCAGAAAAGGCAAAUAUUUCAGAUGUAUAGUUUUAUCAGAAAACAAAGACAAGAAGAUUGGGAGAGAGGACUGAGGGCCAGGCUUGGGGCUCGGAGGGCCCCUUAACCCAUGCUGUGCCCUGCUGCCACAGUCUCUGACCUGGUCUCAUGGACCUGGAGCCGGCUCUCCUAACUCCUUGUGGCAAAAGCCCCUCUGAGCAAAGAAAAGCCCUAAAAACCCGGAGCGAUGAGCUCAGAAGAUUUCCCCUCCACGUUGUGACUUUCCACCACUCGUGGACACUGCAUUCGUACUCUUGCUACCCAUGACCCGCCCUGGGGACUCCGGGGAGCGUCUGUCUGUGGGGAGACACCGCGUGUGGGCAGGCGAGAGCAGCCGGAAGUCCCAGUUCCGCCCAGCGGAAGUAUGCCUGGGCUGCUGGGCGGGAAACGGAGUGGAGCGUCUUGUUUGUAGGCGGGCUUCGAGGGAGGAAGCACGGAAACGGCACACCGCGACUUGACGGAGUUGCAGAGUCCUGGCCUAACACGAGCCUGGGGAAGACCACUGCUCUUCGAAAGGAGUUCUCCCAGCUGUUUAGAUGAAAUAUAAGGAAAAAAAUACAGACAAGCAUGGAAAGUGAAGACACAAAGAAGAUACAAGAAAUGAAGACUGAUCUGAACUUACUAUUGGAGUGUCUGAAGUAUCAAAUGGACAACCCUUUUUCACAAAAGGAAGCUUUGGUCACUAUUCAUUCAAUUUGUCAACAAAACAGUAAUGCAGGUGUUUACUUUCGAGAAAUUGGUGGUUUGAUGUUUGUAAGAAAUCUUGCAAAGUCAAGUGAACAUAGCAUGGUAAAAGAAGCAGCCUUAUAUACAUUAGGAGCUGUUGCAGAACAAAAUGUUUACUGUCAGCAGACUUUGUGCACUUCAGAAUUGUUUGAAGACUUAACUUGGUUCUUAUCUAAUAAUGAUUCAAACACAAAUUUGAAAAGAAUGUCUGUCUAUGUCAUAUUGGUGCUGGUUUCAAAUAAUAGGACUGGACAGACACUUGUGAGAGAAACAGGUUGUAUUACAGUUCUGACACAGUUGUUCAGGACAGUUCUUUCAAAAUAUGAGUUGAAUUUGUCAGAUAAAAAUGUUUUCCAGAGUUAUCAGUUAUGGUCUUCAGUGUGUAGUACUUUAUGUGUCUGUGUCAACAAUCCUCAAAAUGAUGAAAAUCAGAUGCUUUGCUGUUCACUUUUUCCACAUGCUAAUGACUGGCUAAUAAACUGCAUCACACCUGAGGUAAUUCGCCCUGUUUGCUCAUUUAUUGGGCUUACUCUUGCAAAUAACACAUUUGUUCAGAAAUACUUUAUAUCUGUGGGUGGACUGGAUGUAUUGUCUCAAGUUCUUGUGCAACUGGAAUCUGAUUCACACAAGACUGUUUCCAGUGCUAAGCUUGCAGUGGUGGUGACAAAGACAGUGGAUGCGUGUAUUGCUGAUAAUCCUACUUUUGGAGUAAUACUAUCCAAGUAUCAGAUUGUUUCAAAACUUCUGACAUUACUGCUUCAUGAAAGUCUGGAUUCAGGAGAAAAAUUUAGCAUCAUACUUACUCUUGGUCAUUGCACAGAGGAUUGUGAGGAAAAUCAGUAUGACCUUUUUAAAAACAAUGGGCUUCCACUCAUGAUACAAGCCUUAACUGAAUCACAGAGUGAGGAACUAAACAAAGCUGCCACUUUUGUGCUUCACAAUUGCAAAAAAAUUACUGAAAAAUUAUGUCCAAGUCUAGGAGAAUAUUCUUUUGAUGAGAAUGAAAAACAAUUAGAAGACAUAAAUAUGAAAGAGAAGAAUCUUGAAGAGUACUGGAAGAAAGCAAAGGAAAUUCUACACAGAAUAGAACAGCUUGAAAGAGAAGGAAAUGAGGAAAAAAUACAAAGAGAAAAAUACAAGGAUAAUGUUUCAUCUAUGAACAUAAAUAUUCAAAAUACAUUGAAACACCUCCAUGGAGAUAGUAUUGGCAGAGGCCCUGAAGCAGAAGAUAAGGAUAAAAGCCAGUCUAGAAAGCUUCCGAGUUGUAAAUCCCAUGGAAUUCUAACUACAGCAUGUACAAAUGAUCACCAAAUGAAGACCCUGUUAAAGAGUACAAAUCCAGUUGAUGCUUGUUAUAGGGAGAGUGGACAAAAUAAAACUUUAUAUAAAGCCGAUUCAAGCUAUAGUCAAAACUUACAUGAAAGAACAAAUUUUGAAAAAAAGAAUUCUGUUUCUCAGUCAAGUGACCAUGUUUUUAAACCUCCAAUGCCUGUUGUCAAAAAUAGAAAGCAGGAGUUACCAGUAACAGAUCCAUUUACAUUAUGUUCAGAUAUAAUAGAUAAAGAAGUCAUCACUUUUCUAGCAACUGACAGUCAUUCUAAAAUGUUAAAGUAUAGAUGCUCAGGUUGCAUAGCAGUAGGAAAAUCCCUGAAUAGCCGAAAUUUUAGCAAGCUCUUGCACUCUUGCCCAUACCAAUGUGAUCGUCACAAAGUCAUUGUGGAAGCUGAAGACAGAUAUAAAAGUGAACUAAGGAAAUCACUUAUCUGUAACAAAAAAAUUCUGCUGACCCCACGUAGGAGACGACAACUCAGUAGUGAAUCUACUACCUCUGGAGGAAUAAUUUUGGAGCCCUUUGGGAAGACUGUAUCUGUAAGAUAGAAAAAAGAAGAAUUCGUAAAAAUUUUACCAAAGAAGAAGUAAAUUACCUUUUCAAUGGAGUUAAGAAAAUGGGAAAUCACUGGAAUUUAAUUUUGUGGUCUUUCCCCUUUCAGCAAGGACGGAAGGCUGUGGAUCUUGCUCACAAAUACCACAAGCUGACCAAAGGCUCCAAGCAUGAAGCUCCUUGAUCAGAAUACUUGUCAGUUUUUAGGUUUAACUAAUAGAAUACAAUGGCUUGAAACACAAUUUAAAAUCUUCUAAACUCUCAUGAAACAGAGAAUGUGAAAACAAUACUGUUUUAAUUAAAUACUCCUUGUGAUUCUGUAUCUCUUUGAAUUAUUAAAGUAAUUUAUAAAACAAAUACAC